AUGGCUGGUCUUCUUAUCGCCCUGGUCGUCCUUCUUAUCAUCGCUCUGCUUUGCGUCAUCGCCCUCUACUUCAUGCGCUGGAGAAAGCGCUCAAUACGCGCCGGCUCUCUUGUCAUUGAUGACGAGGAAAAGUCCGCUUCUCAACAUCACCGUGUUACCGUCCGCCCUCAUGAGUCCAUCAUUGUCUACCAGGAGAAGCAAAGUCUCAUCGACAACUCAGAGGCACCCCCAUCGGCCAACGCGGUACCCGAGAUCCGCAUCCACUUCCCUGAAGAGGUCGACACUUCAGGCAAGCGCCAAUCCGGCAGAGUCGUCGUCGUGCGUGUUGGCGAGCACAGCAUUGGUCUUGAGCCCGUAUCGGAAAACCUCCCUCCUUACCAAAAGAGUGAGUCGGAUCGUUUCCAGUCUCUUGAUCUCGAGAGGAUAGGCGGCUUGAAGGAGAAGGAUGUCGAGGCUCGCUACCAAUAG